GGGGGCAGCGCUCGCUCGCAGCUGCCAUGGCCGAGGAGGGGGAGCUGCCGGUGCCCGAUGAGUGAGGAAGAGUGGUCAGUUUGGAGCCUGUCACCUCUUUACAGUGUGUGUCUCUCUCUCUCUAAUCCAAUUUGGAAAACCUGUUUGAAUUCAAGUGUAAACAAUCAGGUGCUGUUUUCACAUUUGGAAAAAGCAAAUUUGCUGAAAACAUUCCUAGCAAGUUCUGGUUCAAAAAUGACAAGCCUGUACAUAUAUCAUGUGGAGAUGAACAUACUGCAAUUGUUACAGGAGGAUGAUAAAAGAAGAAUAUAGAUUUCAUGGACUGCAGAACACCUUGAGAUGGAGCUGGUGAUACACUGGAAUUACCGCCUUCGGUGAAUGACAUUGAACCUUGGUGACACCUGGACUAGAAGAACUCCAGAAGUGCAUGCUGAUAAUGAGUUUACCAAGAAGAGUACAGAUCUCGUGGGGAACCAGGAGCUCCUUGAGAUCCAGCUGAACCUAACCUGGAAGAGCCAAGCAAAUUCAUUGAGGAAGGGGAAGUGUCUCAAGUAGGAAAUGGUAAACUUUACAUGUUUGGCAGUAACAACUGGGGCCAGUUAGGACUAGGAUCAAAGAAUACUGUCAGCAAACCAACAUGUGUUAAAGCUUUAAAACCAGAAAAAACUAAACUUGCUGUUUGUGGAAGAAACCACACUUUAGUUUACACAGAAAAAGGAAAUGUAUAUGCUGCUGGAGGUAACAGUGAAGGUCAGUUGGGAUUAGGUGACACAGAGGAAAGGACUACAUUUCAUUUAAUUAGCUUUUUUACCAACCAGCACAAGAUCAAACAGCUAGCAGCUGGAUCAUACAUCUCAGCAGCAAUAACUGAGGAUGGACAGCUUUUUAUGUGGGGUGACAAUUCGGAAGGUCAGAUUGGUUUGGCUAACAUAGCCAGUGUUUGUGUCCCUUGUCAAGUAGUUGUUGGAAAACCUGUUUCCUCAGUAUCCUGUGGAUAUUAUCACUCUGCCUUGAUAACAGGAGAUGGUGAGCUCUAUACUUUUGGAGAACCUGAGAAUGGGAAGCUGGGAUUAUUGCCUGAACAGCUGAAGAACAGUAGAGUCCCACAGCCUGUACCAGGAAUUAUGGAAAAGGUUAACAAGGUUGCUUGUGGUGGAGGACACACUGUGGUCCUUACAGAGACAGAUGUAUACACUUUUGGACUUGGACAGUACGGACAACUGGGACAUGGUACUUUUAUUUUUGAAACUUCUGUACCAAAGUCUGUGGAACACUUGAGGAGGCAUAAAAUACGUAACAUUGCAUGCGGGGAAAAUCAUACUGCUGUAAUAGCAGAGAAUGGCCUCAUGUUUACCUUUGGAGAUGGGCGACAUGGAAAGUUAGGACUUGGAGAAGAGAAUUUUACAAAUCAGUUUGAACCCACUCUAUGUUCUAACUUUUUGAGGUUCACAGUCCUUUUGGUUGCUUGUGGUGGUUGUCACAUGUUAGUUUUUGCUGCUCCAAGGCCUAAAGGAUCUGAAGAAAUACUCUUAGAAGAUUUGUAUGAAAACCGUUUGACAGCUACUAUCUCUAGAAUGAGUGUAGAUUCAUCAACAGCAAGCACCUUUCCACGAACAUUAUCAGCACGAAUGCGACGUCGAGAGAAGGAAAUAUCACCAGAACAGUUUAUUCGAAUGAUACAAACCCUGCCUCCACGGGGAGAAAACUUUUUAAAAUCUUCAUUGCACGUGACUAGCAACACAAGCCCGCCCUGUUUUUCUGCAACAAGUCUUCCUAAAGCUAAGCCUAUGAAGUUGGACCAUGAAACAGAAAAGAAUCGUCAAAAAGAUAAGCUCAGUGAAGGGUCUGCAGAAGAAGAUUCAGAUGAUGAAAAUAAUCACAGAAACCUUGGAGAUACAACUGACAUCCUAAAUAUGACACAUGUGAUGAAACUGAAUCCCAGUGACCAGUCCUUAGAAUUAUCACCAAUCCAAAAACAAAAGGAACAAAACUUGUCUGGAGAUGAAGAGACAGAUGAUGAUGAAGAAGAAGAAGAGGAGGAAGAAGAAGAACUAGAAGAAGAAGAACUAGAAGAAGAAGAAGAACUAGAAGAAGAAGAAGAAGAAGAAGAGGGAGAAGAAGAGGAAGAAGAGGAAGAAGCAGUGGAAGCAGAAAAAAGAGAAAAAGAGGAGGAAAUGGAGGAAAAAUAUGAAAAAAAGAAACAUCAUAGUAAAAUACCUGAGGGAGAGAAAAACAGUAAUACCACACUGGAAAAUGUAGAGAGAGAAGAGACUACUCACACUGUCAUUCAGCAAGAGGAGGAAAACACUGACACUCACACUGUGAACAAUUCUUCAGAGAACACUGAUGACAGAAUAGCUGGAAGAAUAGUUGGGAGAAAAAAGUUUUCCCUGUUUAAACGAAAGCCACUGACAGGCCAGAAGAAUGUAUGUAACAGCAAGGAAGAUGGAUCUGGAAAGCCAUUCCAGAGUGAACAAGAAAAAGAAAAGGAAGAUUUAUCUGGUGAAGACAGUAAAGAUGAAAAUCAGAAUCAUACUAUGGAGAAUUCCAAGGAAACUGUAACUAACCAGGACAGAAAAAUGAAAUCUUCUACUUGUAUAGUACUCUAACACUGUUAUAAUAUGUAAGAAGGUGACAGUCUUAAAGCACAUAUUGCCAUUAAUACUUGAAAACAAUUAUGACUUACUAGAACUGCAGAUGAUAGCUUUUUUAACUGAUUUGAUUGCUGUGACUUUAAACAUGAAGACCAUUUUCUUGGUAUUUAUUGGUAAUUUUAAUAAUUACAAUUGAUAUGCUUAUCCAAAUCUUGCUGGAGUGCUGUGGCCUUAGCUGUUCAGUGUUGUAAAACAAAAUAUAUUUUUUUAUGUGAAAAGUUGGAUACAGGCAUUUCAUGUUUUUUUGCUAAGUAACUUUAUUAUAUGUUUCAGUGUACAGGGUACCACUUUCAGUGUGAUACUAGUGCAAAACUAUAAAUAUCUGCUGUAACAUAUUCUUUGGUUUAACAAACUAGGUGAGAAUAUUGGUUUGAAUUCACAAUUUAAAGAGGGUACAUAGUUACUUAGAAACACCUAUGCCUCUUUCUGUUUUGACUUAGAAAAAUAGCAAUAAAACUCAAAAGUAUUUAACACCUAGGCCCUGAUUCAAUAAGUUACUUAAGUAAUUUCAUAUGUGACAGUAGCUCUGUUAGAAAUACACCUAACAGUGAUGUAAAUAUUUACCUAAGUAUCCUGCCAAAUUAGGAUUUGCAGAAACCUUUCAUUUCUGAGAGAUGCCGAAUGCCUUCAGACCUGCUGGAAUCAGUGCAAGCUGAUGGGAAUCGCACAGAAUUGGUCCCAGUGACAGCUGGACAUCCUUACUGUUGUUUCAGUUGUGUUCUAAUCCCUCAUUCUUUGAACACCCAAACCUUCGUCUCUCGUGAAGCUUGUAUUAUAGGAAAAGAAUGUGAUCAUGUAUAAAAAAACCUCCAAAGAAAUUUAUUUUUAAAAGAGAUGUUGAUGCCUAUUUAAACAAGAAAAGUAUUCUUUAGCAUGAAGAAUUAAAUCGCCUCAUGAUCAUUUUUCUGUGUUUCUCUUUUUAGCUUAAGAAAAAGGCUUAAUUGCAACAGCUCACUUACUGCUGUUGUUUGUUUUCUACCUAAAGUUAAAAUCCUUUGUGAAAUUGAGAUUAGUUAUUAUGGAAUACAUUGAUAUUACAAGCAGAUCAUUAUGGGCUAAAUAUCCUUGGUUUUCUCAGGCAAGCUGGCUGUUCUUCAGAUGAAGACUGAGCAGCAGGAGUAUGACCCUCAUUACCAGUAAAGAUAAGCAGAAUGUUUGAUUUUAGAAUUAGUCCAAGAAACAGAAGUGACAAAUGCACUAUUCUAAUUACCAGUAUUCCCUUCAAAUAAGAUUGGAUUUCUGAAAAUUCAGUCUAGAUAAAGAAGAAAUACAGACACAUCUGCUUAUGUCCCAACCAGGAUAAAUCUGAUCUAAAGUCUGUUUGCCCCUUACUAAAAUACACUUAGGUUUUAUGAAUACACAAGCUUAGCACUAAAUAUAAAAUCAAGAAUUUAUGAUAAUCGGUGUACUUUUCAAAAUACUUCACAAGGGACAGAUGAUUUUUACAGAAAACCUAGGAAAAUGUUACUUAAUUUCACUGACAUAUGAACACAUUUUAAUUUGCCUUUGGCCACGUUUUGCCUUUAUCAUUUUUUUCCCUAGUUUCAGAGUUGCUUAAGUUUUAUAUAACAUAGUCACAAGUGUGCAGGGUUAUAUUUGACCCAGAAGUUUAUCCAUCUGAACACUCUGUCUCUAGAAGUAUGGCAGGUGCCCAGAUUCUUUCAUGGGGCCGUCUCUUUGCUGCAGUAGGCAUCAUACUAAAAACCUUGAUGACUGGGUCAUCCUUUGCCAGAGUUAAGAUCCUUUUGUUUUGAUCUGUUAUUUUCCUUGGGUUACUCUGAGUUCUGCAGAUGAACUUUACAUGAGCUAUUUUUAUUCUGCCAAUGUGCGUUAUAUUUAUGUGUUUUCCUAUAUUCUUGAAUGCACAUGUAGUUUCUGCUCUACUUGGACACUGUUGUGAAUAGGAAAGAAGUGGAAAAAGGAGAAAUAAACUAAAUGGUAUCCUCAUUAAUUUAAAGUUUUAUGUUCUCUUUAAAAAGGAGGAGACUCAAUCACAGAAGUUAUUACCAUAGUGAAAAUGUCUUUAUUCUAAAUAUGAGAUGAUUUAAUGAAAAAUGUUGCUUUAGAGUGAGAGUUUCCCUUAAAGCUAAUGCUACAAAGAUUACAUACCUGAUUAUAAACUGAUGUGCAUCAAUGCAGUUUCAGGGACUUCUAUGUUUAUUUGGUCUACGUACUUCGCUUAGGAGCAAAUAAAUCCAUUUAAUGUCUUCUUACAUGCCUUC